AUGCAAUUUGACGACGACCUGGAUGACGCUAAAGGCGACGAUGACGCGCGCCUCAGAGUUACCCAACGGAUGACAAGACAUAAGGAGUACCUCGAGAUCCAGGACGCUUUUUGCAGGGGGGAUGAUCUUGCAAUGAUGACGGCUAUCUUCGACAAUCUACCCUCGAUGGAGCGGGUGGAAGUCGGCGAGCUGUGCCUCGACUCUGUGGACGGCGAGCUCAGCUCUUGUUACGGCAUGCCGACUCUCCAUAAAGAGACUGGCUCGUGGUACUUCCCGUUCGGCUACCCUGAUAUCACGCAUGACAUGUCUCGAGACGAUGAUGGCCUUGCGCACAACUUAAAAUUGGUACCACGAGCCUUGGCUUGCCUCCGAAAGCCCGUGAAAGAGCUUUUCGUAUUCUUCCACCACUCCAAAGGCGAAUGCGAUACUGGAGGGCUGGACAUCGCCAAGAUGCCUGCCAUUGAAGGGUAUUACAAGACCGGACUACAACAAGCUUUGGCCGAUUUGCGAGGCAUCAAGAUGCUGCUGAGUUUGUCAAUGGUCCCGGAUAUCGAUAGCCAGGCGUGGAAGAAUUGGCUUGUCAAGCUUCUGGAUAUCGCUCCAGUCUUGCAGCACUUGAGCCUAACGUUUGAUGGAUGGGCCUACGGAGACAACCCGCCUCUGGUCCCGUAUUCGUUUGAGGCCAUUGGAAGGGUUUGCCGAGAAGUCCAUCUUACCAACUUGAAGACGCUCGAGCUGGGCGACUGCGCUGUGGCGCCUCAAGAUCUCCCGGCCCUUGUCCAACGACACCAGCUUACGCUAGCAAGCAUUACUCUGAACCGUUUGCUUCUGUCCGGCGAUUGGCAAGACGACUUCUUCAGCAGUCUGCAGUUGCAAUCAGGGACAAACUUUACCAUGCAUGUCUCAUGGUUAAUGCAAAGCCCGCAUUACACUGGGGAUCACAGGCAAGAGGCAGACGUAAUCGUCUUCGACAAAAACGGCAUUGAAGACUGCGAAAAGUGCAAUGGUGACGCCCAUGGGCUUACUAUGACUCCUUGCCAUCAUGUGAGCUCAACCAUCCAGUUUGGCAGCACCAACAGAUUCCCGGAAUUUAAAAUCAUACCGCUAUUUCGGUUCGAACAGUUCGAAUGA